ACGCAUUAUAGAGAGUUGCCACAUUGCGAUUAUGCUGAAUUCCAACGCACAAGAGUUCAUUGCUAUGAAACCGCGCUCGCAAUAGUCAAGUAGUUGCUGCUGCUACACCACGAACAUAAUUAUUUUAACGUUAAGGUUUUUGUGGCAAACAAAUAAAACAGCAUACCACAAAUGUGCAAUAUUUUAGUGCAAUAAAUAUCUAAAGUCAAUGCGAAGUCGUACGCCUGCAAUAACAACUAUCUGUGCACAAUUAUUUUUCUCUAUUUCUGUUUGUAUGUAUGUCGAUUGUGUAUCAGUGUUUGUGUGUUUUUCUUUUAUUAGUGAGACCACAACAACGCGCAGCUUAAGCUUAACUGGUUCGAAAAGGCAGCAAUUAAGUUUAAUUAAAUUCUAAUUGAGUGCAUUUAUAACAUAUUCUCGCGCGCCCGUUGCAUCUUUCUAUUUUAAACAUACGCACAGGCAGUGGUACAAAAAUACAGAUACAGAUCAAACGAAAUGCCACCGCUGAAAAGCUAUUCCAUACACCACCAUGAAUUUAAUGCAAAUUGCCACAAUGGAAAUCCGAACACCACCGAUAGCAGCGACUACUUCAACCAGACCACAGCAACAACAGCUGCCGUCAGCAGUAGCACCAACAACACACAACGCACAAAUAAGCCCUCCUAUAGUAAUGCCCAGUAUCCAUUUAAAAUGCUGGCCAAUCUCAACCAGCUGCGUGAGCAAUCACGUUUCUGCGACGUUGAGAUCAUUGCUGGCGAAGCCACCUUCAAUGCGCAUCGUGCCGUACUGAGCGCAGCGAGCGCCUACUUCGAGGCAAUGUUCCGACCCGAACUCGGCUUAAAUGAGGUCAAACAGAAGUCCGUCGUUUUGCAUACGAUUGACGGUGAAAUAUUGCACAUACUCUUGGAUUUUAUCUACACGGGCCGUUGUGAGAUAACACAGUCGAAUGUGCAGGAACUGCUCGCAGCCGCGGAUAUGCUCCAACUCAACGAAGUGGUGGACGGCUGUUGCGAGUUCCUUUGUCGUGAGUUGCACGCCACAAAUGCAUUGGGAAUAUUACGUUUUGCGGAAGCGCACAAUUGCGAAAAUCUGGCGAAGAGCGCAAUUAAUUAUGUGCAUGCGAACUUCCCAGCGAUAACACUGGAGGAUGAAUUUCUGGAGACUCCACAGGCACUGCUGGCCCAGCUGCUGAACUCCGAGAUGUUGCGCGUGGACUCGGAAUCUCAAGUUUUUCAGGCAGCGUUGCGCUGGAUUAAACAUGAUGUAACCCAACGUCGCUGCUAUGUCUUUGACAUACUCUCGCAUGUGCGCAUGGCUCUGGUGCCGGUCAAGGUGAUUGACAAGGCACUGAAGGAUUGCCGGGACAUGUCGGUAAAGAUAGCGCUGCGCUCCAUUUGCCGGGACAUAGCCUCAAAGCGUGGACAACUGGUGCCGCUGCGCGUGUGUCCACGGCAGCUGGCCAAGAAGAACAUUUACAUUAUAGGCGGCUCACGUCGUGACACGCCGCGGACAUGGAAUUCGGCGGAUUGCAUAUUCGAAACGGUGGCCAAGUUCGAUAUAUUCAGGCGGGAGUGGACUGAAACAGCGCCGAUGGAGGUGGGCCGAAUAUUGCCGGGCGUGGCGGCCCUAAAUGGCAAGAUCUAUGUGGUGGGUGGUGAGCGUGGCUCACAGAUAUUGGCCAAUGGGGAGGUGUACGAUCCUCAGGACGAUAAUUGGCAGCCCAUAGCACCCAUGAUUGUGCCCCGAUGCGAGUUCGGACUCUGCACCAUGGGUGGCAAUCUGUUUGCUGUGGGCGGCUGGAUAGGCGACGACAUUGGCGGUUCCAUGGAAUGCUAUGACCCUGAACAAGAUUUGUGGAAGCUCAUAGGCAGCAUGCCACAGCCACGCUUCAGCAUGGGGGUGGUCAGUUUUGAGGGUCUAAUCUAUAUAGUGGGUGGCUGCACUACAACGACUCGCCAUUUGCCGGAUCUAAUAAGCUACAACCCCGUCACCAAGGAAUGGAUCCAGCUGGCUCGUAUGCAGACACCGCGCUGCCAGAUGGGCGUGGCUGUGCUGGAUCGCUAUUUGUAUGUGGUGGGUGGCAAUAGCGUUACGCAGGAUAUACUCAACUCGGUGGAGCGUUACAGCUUCGAUGAGGACAAAUGGGUUACGGUUUGUUCGCUUAACGUGCCGCGUGCCAUUCCAGCGGUCGCUGCAGCCGAUGGCUUACUUUAUGUGGCCGGCGGCGAUCAGCCCUGCGAGGUGAACUUUUAUCGCGCACAAAUCACAAUCAGCGCCGUCGAAUGUUACGAUCCUUUAUCCGAUACAUGGAAAAAUUGUCCAGAUCUGCCGGUCAGUCGCUCCGAAGCGGGCGCUGUGGUCGUCUAAAUCAUGCCCUCCCCACGCAACGUUUUUUCUGAGCCUGCCCGUUCGAGCAACGUCCUUAAAAACUUAACGAUUAAUGUACUUUUAAGCAGCGAGCUCUCAAUAACACUCCGCAUCACAUAAUGUAUACGCUAGAAUCAUUACUCUCUUUCUAUAAAAGAAAUGGAUAUAUAAAACUCGUUGUAUGUGCGUCUUACGUAGUGCUCUCUAACCAAAGAUAGACGUAUUGUUACGGCUCUAAAAUGUUUCAAAAAUGUAGCCCAGCUAUUCGACAGCAACUCGCCCCAGUUAGUUUAUAUCUAUUAGUUAGCCAGGGAAAUCCAUACAUAUGCCUCAGCAGGGCAGCAGCUUCAAGAUCGUUGCAUUGUAGAAGUUGUGCGAAGCAAAAUAAGAAUAUAAUAUUCAUGGCAAGUGUAUAUCGAUGUAUCGUAAUUGCUGAAAUAAUUUUGAAUCACGAACUACUAAUUCGUAUUAUUGCAUUUCAUUUAAACAAGCUGUAUGUAUCAUUAAAACAUAUAUAAUGGAAAUAAUAUUAGCGAGCAGAGUUGGUCCGCUCUUCAAAAGAAUGCGCCCCAAAAUCUUUAUAACUGUACGGAUUAAAAGUACCAAAAAGAAACCAAACGAAAAUCUAAACAUUCAACGGAAACAAACUGUAUUAAUAAUAGGUGUAUUAUCAAAAAUAAAUUAAUGACUAAAUACCAUUCAAA